AUGUCUACCGCAACUACAGUUCAAUCUUCACUACCAGAUACCAUACUAUGGAGGAGAAAGAAGCUAAGUUUGAGUCUCUUAAUCGUGGCAACGGCAAUAUGGAUAACGCUAGAAGUUUAUCAGUUAAACUUCAUCACUGUUGCUUCUUGGGUGGCUCUGUUUAUUGUUACCUCCGCCUUCGUGUGGGGCAACUUUCUAAGGCUCUUAAACAAAGAGACUCCAGAUAUGUCUGGAUUGGAAAUCACAGAGGAGUCAGCUGUGGAAAUGGCUCAUACAAUUCGAGAAUGGGUCGGAAGAGGAGUGCAAUGGAUGUUGCGGGUGGGUGCUGAGGGAGACUGGUUUGUCUUUGCUCGAACAGUCGCUAUGUUGUUGUUACUUUCUUAUGUGGGACAACUCUAUGACCUACUCACACUUCUCUACAUAGGGAUUGUGGUGGGUAUGACUGUACCUGUAAUUUAUGAGAAGUAUGAAGACAAGUUUAAGGAUUGUGUGGAGCGAUUGAGGAUGCAACGUGCAAGGUUUUAUAGGAUGAUAGAUGAGAAGGUUGUGAGGAAAGUGAAGAAUAAAGGGGUAGGGGAUCAACAAAAGAAAGAGAAGAAGACUGAAUAG